GCAGGAGGCGGGCGCACUCGGGUCGAGCCAUGCUGGCCGCGCGCGUGGAGUACGUCGCGCCCUGGUGGGUGGCGUGGCUGCACAGCGUCCCUCACCUGGGCCUGCGCCUGCAGCCGGUGGACAGCACAUUCAACCCCCGCGAUGAGAGUUACCGGGAGUCACUGAUGUUCCUGGGGCUGGUGGCCGCCGUCUGCCUGGGCCUGAACCUCAUCUUCCUCGCGGCAUACGUGGUCUGUGCAUGCUGCUGCAGGCGGGACGAGGCCAUACAGACCAAGCGGCGCAACUCCUGCUGUGUCACCUGGACGGCGGUGGUGGCCGGCGUCGUCUGCUGUGCCGCGGUGGGCGUCGGUUUCUAUGGAAACAGCGAGACCAAUGACGGGGUGUACCAGCUGAUCUACUCCCUGGACAACGCGAACCACACCUUCUCGGGGAUAGAUGCACUGGUAUCCGGAACCACCCAGAAGAUGGAGGCAGACCUAGAGCAGCACCUAGCUCGGCUCAGUGAGAUCUUGGCUGCCCGGGGUGAUUAUAUCCAGACGCUGAAGUUCAUGCAGCAGAUGGCGGGCAACAUCAUCGUCCAGCUUUCGGGGCUGCCGGCGUGGAGGGAGGUCACCGCAGAGCUGACCGAGCUGGCCGACGAGACCGGCUACGUGGAGUACUACAGAUGGCUUUCCUACCUCCUCCUCUUCAUCCUGGACCUGCUCAUCUGCCUCGUCGCCUGCCUGGGACUGGCCAGGCGCUCCAGGGGACUCUUGGCCUCGAUGCUGUGCUGCGGGGUGCUGGCUCUGCUCCUCAGCUGGACGUCCUUGGCAGCCGACACGGCUGCAGCAGUGGGCACCAGUGACUUCUGCUCAGCUCCCGACACCUUCAUCCUGAACAUCACAGAGGACCACAUCCGCACAGAGGUGACCCGUUACUACCUAUAUUGCAGUCAGAGCGUAAGCAGCCCCUUCCAGCAGGCACUGACCAUCUUCCAGCGCUCGCUCACCACCAUGCAGAUCCAGGUGGCCGGUCUGCUACAGUUUGCCGUGCCCCUCUUCCCCACGGCGGAGAAAGACCUGCUCGGAAUCCAGCUCCUGUUGAACUCGUCGGAGUCCAGCCUUCACCAGCUGACAGCCAUGCUGGAUUGCCGAGGGCUGCACAAGGACUACCUGGACGCUCUUGCUGGCAUUUGCUACGACGGCAUCGAGGGCUUGCUCUACCUCGGCCUCUUCUCCCUCCUGGCCGCCCUGGCCUUUUCCACCAUGAUCUGCGCGGGGCCGCGGGCCUGGAAGCACUUUACCACCAGGGACAGAGACUAUGAUGACAUCGACGGUGACGACCCUUUCAACCCCCAGGCCCGACGCAUCGCCGCUCACAACCCCCCUCGGGGGCAGCUUCGAAGCUUCUGCAGCUAUAGCAGCGGCCUGGGCAGCCAGACCAGCCUGCAGCCCCCAGCACAGACCAUCUCCAACGCCCCAGUCUCGGAAUACAUGAACCAGGCCAUGCUCUUCGGCGGUAACCCACGCUACGAGAACGUUCCGCUCAUCGGAAGAGGCUCCCCUCCUCCCACGUAUUCUCCCAGCAUGAGGGCCACCUACCUGUCCGUGGCGGAUGAGCACCUGAGGCACUACGGGAAUGAGUUUCCAGCCUAACACGCGUUCCGCAGAGGUUCCUGCCUCCUUGAUCUGUUUUGGUUUUUAAUUAAUGCCAACGCAUGCAUUUCUUCAAUAGAAACCAAAGGCGUCUGGAGACUGGACGCAGGACCACGGGAUUGGCAGGCUCCUGGGGCUACAGAGAAGCAGGGAGAGUCAGCCCGGGCUUGGCUUAGAUUCCCGACCAAAGGCCCAGGCGGACAGAAGACCCGUGACUCGGGCCAGCCUCUCCCUCCUCUGCCCUCCUGUCCACACCGGAAACGCCCGCAGGUGCUUCGCCAUGCCGAAGCAGGGAGCCUUGUUCUGCUCACCCCCACAUCCCACCCUCGCCAGUUGGGGAGCAGCAGUAAGGAGGGUCGGGCGUCACCACCUGAGAGCUGUAUGGUUCUCAUGUCCAGGACCGUGCCUCUUGCUAACACGGCCGGAAGUCCGGGUGACCACCCUCUCUCCUCUCGGCUGCCCACUGAUGGGCGGCAUUUUCCCGGGGAUAAAAACGGAAGAGCUGAUCAGGAGAUGCCUCUAAGGGAGGUGAUGCCCCUGAUGAGAUGAGACACUGUCCAAAUCAGUGCCCUGGAGCCACCAGACGGACUCUCCCUGGACCACAGAGGGAAGGUGUUGGAGAGGCUGUGUGGUGGGUGGUCCCCGGGCUGGGGGACCACAGCUUCGUCCCUCGUAGGCUCCUCGUAGGUGAGAGCCGGGGGCAGUGUGGGUAACAGCAGCCACUCUCUGCUCAUCCUUUGCGCCCUUCCCCGCCUCUCCUCCAUUCCAGAAUCGAUGCUGUGAGUUGGUUCGCCGCAGGUAGGGACAGUCUCAGGUAUUAAUAGACACUUUGAAAGCGACUUUAACUUUUUUUCCUCCCAGUGUUUUGAAUACUUUGAUUAUCCAAAGAAUUGAAGCUCACAGCACAUCCAGUUUUUACAGCAGACUUGGGGCUCACUCCUUACCCCCGGCUGCAGAUUUGUCUGGCAUCGGCCAGGUCUUUAAGCAUCUGCAGGGAGGGAGGGUUUUGAAACAAAGUACAAGAUAAGUGAGACACGCUGUCCCGAGCUGCUGCUCGAUGGGGAUAUGGGUCCAUCCCAGUCGGAGAGGAGGCCCUUUAAAACAGGAAGGAAGCAAAGAGGGACAGCUAACCAGAGUCCCCUGUUCCGGGGAAUGCCCAUGUGAAUUUGCCCCUCCCUUUUGUCUUUGAGCAAGUUUGCGGUAAAAGGUUUCAGCAAAAUGAGACGACUGUGUCUUGACCUGAGACGGGCCUCUUUAAUCCCCCCGACCCCGGACCCAUCCCGUUGUCCUGGGAUGUACCUGCUCGCUGAGAAGGAGCUUGUUGGCCAGGAGAAAAUAAUGACCCACCAUCCUGCCUGCUGAGGAUCCAGGGUUAGGGUCUCUGGUGCUUCUAAUCUCCUGUCAACUCAGAGUGCGAGACACUGAACCCCCACAGCCUUGCCCACCCAAAGCCAGGGGCGUGGGGAGGCGUGGCCUGGAACCAGGGCUCCAUUUCCGUUUGGGAAGAGCCACUUUGCCAUCAAAACACUCACAGCAGAGUGGCUGUCCACGCCCAGCCCCGGCCCCAGGACAGAACAGAGCCACGGGGCAUCCAGGACUCCUGUCUUACCUGCGUUAACCUCGACAUCCCGUGUACCGUAAAUAUAUCUGUGUGGGGCCACGUCGCACGCAGAUAGGAACUCCACGGUGUCAAGAUGUUGCUUCUUAACAUUUUGUGGUUGGCAACUGUAGAGUUGUUUUUAAUGCAUGUAAACUAAACUAGAAUCCUUCGGGUGGUUCCUGAAGGAGCCAGGUGGGCACACUUCUGCUUGGUACAUGUGCGCCCUCACCUGGGGAGAAAUAAACCACUUGUACUAAA